AUGACACAACAAACAAAUUUGACUCUUCCAGCAGUGUAUGUAGCAGAUGCACCUCCUAAAGCUAUUCAAAGUCCAUUCCAACAAACCAAAACUAAUGAAUUCAUUCCUCCACCAAGGUUCAUCGUCGAGGACCAUCCUGAAGCUUACAAUAAUCGAUAUGAAAUGGAAAGUGAGUCUGAAAAUGAAAAUGAGGAUGACGGGAAUCAGACUUACACUACCUAUCCAGCUGGAGAGUGUUUGAUAAACCCAUCACCACAACAUAUCCCACAACAAACUAAUAAUACAGUUACUUCGCCUAUUAUCAUCGGGAUACAAAAAAACGGUUACUACGACGACGGAGAUCCAGGUUGGAAUUGUACGUUUUGUCAAGCAUAUAUGUGGUAUGGUAAAAGAAUUGUAAAACGUCGUCGUAGUUCCAAACCUGUCUUCACAAUGUGUUGUAAACGUGGUAAAGUUGUGCUUCCUUGGCUCGCGAAUACUCCAAUGGACUUAAUGACUUUGUUAUGCAAAGGAGACAAGUUAAGCAAACAUUAUCGAGAGUUCAUACGAGCUUACAAUAUGAUGUUCUCUUUCACAUCUCUUGGGGGGAAGAUAUAUCAUUCUAUUAACAAUGGUCAUGGACCAUUUGUUUUCCGAAUGUCCGGUGAGAACUAUCAUCGUAUUGGUGAUAUAGUUCCCGAGCCUGGACAAGCUCCAAAAUUUUCCCAUCUGUAUAUCGUUGAUACUUUAAAUGAAAUCAAAAAUAGACUUGACGCUUAUGCCGGGUCUAACAGAGCUGCUGCUAAGAAACUAAGAGAACCACUUGUUCUUCUUCUGAAGAAUAUGUUAGAUCAGUGUAACCCUCAUGUCAAGGCUUUUAGGUCUGCAAGAGACAGAUUCGACGUGGAAGGAUCAACAGGAGAUAUUGUUCUAGAGAGUACAAGUGGAAAGUUGCAAAGGAUAAGUGAAUUACAUCCGGUGUAUUUGCCUCUGCAAUAUCCACUAUUGUUUCCAUAUGAAGAGGAUGGCUUUCGAUUAAAUAUUCCUAUUGGUUUUGAAGACAUCACUGCGAGAAAAAGCAAGAAUGUAACUAUGCGUGAGUACUUUUCAUUUCGUAUUUUAGAGAGGAGGUCGGAAGCACCUACAAUUACAAGAUCAGUCAGAUUGUUUCAUCAGUUCCUUGUGGACGCUUACACAAUAAUAGAAUCGAGUAGACUGCGUUACUUGUGGCUGAAUCAGAAAAAGCUCCGGUCAAGUAGUUACGCUGCAAUCCAGAAAGCGGCUACAAGAGCUGGAGCUAAGAUGGCUGAGCAAGGGAGCCGAAUUUUCAUUCCAGCUACUUUCACCGGGGGAAAAAGGUAUAUGAAGCAGCACUACUAUGAUGUCAUGGCUCUGUGCAAAUACCAUGGAUUUCCAGAUAUUUUCAUCACUUUUACGUGCAAUCCAAAAUGGCCUGAAAUUACAAGAAUUUUCAAGAUGAAACUCGAUAAUCUUAUCGGUGAGUUGACUAAAAAGAACGGCUCCUUAUUUGGGCAUGUUGCUGCAGUAAUGUACACGAUUGAGUUUCAAAAAAGAGGAAUGCCACACGGUCAUAUUCUUGUCUUCAUGGAAAAAGGAUCUAAAUUUUCAACAGCCGAUGAUAUAGAUAAGAUUAUUUCCGCUGAAAUUCCAGACAAGACAGUAGAUCCAGAACUGUAUGUAAUCGUUGGGAAUUGUAUGAUGCAUGGUCCUUGCGGUGCAGCAAAGAAGGAUAAUGCAUGUAUGGUUAACGGUAAAUGUUCUAAGAUGUUUCCGAAACCUCUCAACAUCAGGACAUCGAUUGACACAAAUGGAUUUCCAGCAUACAUGUGUCGGAUUGAUGGUAGGUUGAUUGAGAAAAAUGGAAUCAGAUUAGACAAUGGAUUUAUUGUACCAUACAACAGAGACCUCAUGCUUCGAUAUUGCGUGCAUAUGAAUGUCGAGUGGUGCGUUCAAACACGAGUUGUUAAGUAUCUUUUCAAAUAUAUCCAUAAGGGACCUGAUUAUGCCUCAGCUGCAAUAGAUAAAUAA